UUACGUCGAUCACUUCUUUCGAUUCGAUCACGCGCAUAUACACAUGCACGCAAAAUGCACUUGCACAUGGUGCGUGGAUUUGUAAAGUGCGUGCCUUACUUAAUCGACGGUAGAAAAGGGAACGGGUGUUCAUGAGGGAAGAAUCUUAGCGUAGGCGUUGUGCGUACAAAUUGCUUGUGUGGGUGAAAAUUCGUACUAUUUUCCAAGCCGACACUCUUCACGCGCAUUUUGCUUCAUUUUAUUUUUGCACCGGCCGGGUCUGAAUAGUGACUUUGUGCAUUGCUUUUGCAAUGGGGUAAACGUCGGAGAAGGCGUUGAGUGGCUGCAGAUGAAAAGAAGCAAAAAGAUCAAGGAUAAGAAUGAAGCGACGGCGAGGAAGCAGAAGCGGUGGCAAGAUGCCAGGUUUACCCGGCUCGACGGUGCUGCUGCUGGCUAUUAUACUGCAUGUAACCAGUGCUUCGGACAAUCAGUGCCCUGUCGAAUGCUCAUGCUUGGGUAACUCUGUCAUUUGCAAAGAUCUACAGCUCGUUGGGGCACCUAAUGGCUUGCAACCUUGGACUCAGAACCUUGUUUUGAAAGGAAACAAGCUUGCAAAUUUGGAGUUUAACGCACUGCUUCAUCUACCUAAACUCAAGGAAUUGGAUGUAAGUUCUAACGUAUUCAAUGAUAAUUUCACAUUGAGUUUAUCAGAGGAAGCACAACUUAAAUGGCUCAAAAUUAAUAAAAACCGAUUGACGCGAAUACCAGAGUUGGAACUUUUGCACUUGACACACCUUUCUUUAUCUCAUAAUAUGAUAAAUACAAUUAGCAAAACUGCCCUUACCCACUACCCAGAGCUUCAGAAUUUGGAUCUCAGUGGCAAUAAGAUUAAUUCUAUACAAAAAGGCUUAUUUCUGGCACCAAAACUGAAAAUCUUGAAUUUAAAUUCUAAUCAGAUCAACCUCAUCGAAGCUAACAGCUUUGAAAAUUUAACAUCGCUGCAAGAGCUUCGAUUAAGCAAAAAUCGACUGGUUGCUUUUAAAGAUUAUCUCAAGAAACUUGACAAGCUGCGUGUUUUGGACGUAAAUCGAAAUGAAUUUCGUCAAAUCGAUGCGUUAACCUUCAAAGAGCUAAAAAGUUUGAAGAAACUACGACUGAAAAGAAACAAGAUUGAAACACUGAAAGAUGGGGCAUUUUGGCCAUUGAGCAACCUCACGGAAUUGCAACUGGACUUCAAUCAACUCAAAAUUGUGUCCAAGGGAGGGCUUUUCGGGCUUGAAUAUCUCCAAAUCUUUACCCUUUCGCAUAAUCGAAUAAGCAUCAUCGAACCGCAAGCCUGGAAGAUGUGUCAGAACAUUACAGAAUUGGAUUUAUCUCAUAACGAACUUAAUCGUAUCGAGCGGUCAUCCUUUACAUCUUUACGAAAGCUUAAGAAACUACAAUUAAAUCACAAUACUGUUUCGUACAUUGCUGAAGGCGCAUUUAAAGAUUUAUCCAGCCUACAAGUAUUAGAGUUGAGCUCGAAUAAGAUAUCGCUAUUUGUGGAGGAUGCUACUGGAAUAUUUGUACCUCUAAAUCAACUUCAAAAAUUAACAAUUGCUCACAAUCAGAUAAAAUCUAUCAACAAGAAUGCAUUCAAUGGCUUAUCACAGGUUACAGAACUUGAUUUGACUGGAAACAACGUGACAAGUAUCCAAGAAAAUGCAUUCUCUUCGAUGUCACUAGCGCUAAAAACUUUAAAAAUGAAUACGAGUGCUUUGUUUUGUGAUUGUGGAUUGCAGUGGCUUAGCGUUUGGCUACGUACAAAUAGAUACAGUGAAACGAGGGUUCAGUGUGGCUAUCCACAUUGGUUACGUGGAAUGCCACUGACGCAACUGCAUGACGCUAAUUUUACAUGUGAUGAAUUUCCAAAACCGCGGAUCGUGGAGGAACCAUUGAGUCAGAUGAGCAUUAAAGGUGAUAAAGUGGCGCUCAAGUGCCGAGCGACAAGUACCGCCGACGCACCGCUCAGUUUUACCUGGAAGCAUGAUAAUGUCGAAAUUAGGGACCGAUCAUUGCAGAGUGACAGCGAGCCGACUUCAACCGGUGGCAUUACCCUUGCUGCAUCCGUUCUACAAUUAACCAACGUUACAAACGCUCACGCAGGGAGAUACCAGUGCAUGGUCUCUAACAAUUACGGAACAACGUAUUCGGCUAAAGCAAAAAUUAGUGUUCUCAUCUAUCCUUCGUUCUCCAAGAUGCCACACGACAUCCGAGUUACGGCGGGCAGUACCGCACGGCUUGAGUGUUCCGCGGAAGGUUUACCUUCGCCGCAGAUCGCUUGGCAAAAGGACGGUGGGAACGAUUUUCCCGCGGCGCGUGAACGCCGAAUGCAUAAAAUGCCAACAGACGACGUUCUUUUCAUAAUUGACGUUAAAACUGCAGAUAGUGGCGUCUAUUCUUGCACUGCGCAGAAUCUCGCUGGAAUCAUAAUUGCCAAUGCCACUCUCACUAUUUUGGAAACGCCAUCGUUUGUCAAACCAAUGGAAAAUAAGGAAGUCAUUGCUGGUGGCUCAAUAGUUAUGGAGUGUAUGGCCAGUGGUUCGCCUAGACCGCAAUUAUCCUGGCGUAAGAACAGCAGCCCGUUGCAAGCGACCGAGAGACAUUUCUUCACUGCGGAAAAUCAGCUGCUGAUUAUCGUUAAUACCGUACCAAGUGACGCUGGCAGUUAUGAGUGUGAAAUGAGUAAUUCCUUGGGAAGUGUAAUGGGAGCAUCACUACUCACCAUCAAAGCUGCACCAAGUUCUAUGGUAAAUGAGGACGACAUGUUGGGGCUAAUAAUAAUCACGGUGGUAUGUUGCGCCGUUGGAACGUCAAUCGUUUGGGUCGUGAUUAUUUAUCAGACGCGGAGGCGUUUACACGCCUCUCAGAACGCCAGCAAACAGUCACCAACGAUUAUCCCUACUACGUCACCGGAGCUGGAGACGCAUUUAUACCUGGACACAAGCUCGCAGCAUAGCAAAGACAGUGGUACUGGUGACAGCACGAAUCCUAGUAAUGAUCAACUACAGCUAUGCUUACCAGAAGUCGUAACGUGUGUUGUAAGCAACGAGGAAGAUACGGGAAAAGUGGAGGGUGACGAUCCAUUGCUUGGUUAUACGAACCACGAGCGACAUGAUUAUAGUCAAUUACAUCGCCAAUACGAAGUGGCCGUACAACCAGAGACCGACGAAACGUUCGUAAACGAACAGGCCAAGGCACUCACUAAAAUACAAAUUGUUUGAACAGUAUUCUUAUUGUUUUCGCUUUUGAUGGAAAUAACGACCGAAGCAAACCACCGACGUUAUCUCUUUGCUAAACUCUUCAAAAACCAUUCGAUCAUACUGUAAUAUUUUGCUAUCAUCUGAUAAGCAUGUGCCUAACAAGUGUUUCCUUACUAUUUAAAAAGAGGGCACAAUUUACAUGCAAUGUUCAAUAACAAUGGAUAUAUGGCUCGUAAUAGAACGGCUUGUUCUCUUUCUUAGAAUUUCUAGAUUUUAGAUGAGAAACAGAUAACCUUGC